GUGCCCUCCAACCUAACAGUGGGUUUUCUGUUCAUCACGGUCAAACAUGCCGAUGCAACUGGAGACAAGCUGUCCAGAGAAAAGUCUACGUCACUAUGUGUCGAUUAAAAAGGAAGAGGCCAAAAUGUUUGAUUUCGAGUCGCUCUCCGACCCGGUGGCACGCGCCAAGCGAGAAGAGCGUCACAGGUUUGAGACCAAGCGGAAAGAAAGAGUGUUCAAUGAGAAAUUCCGCACCAUCGGGUUGGACAAACAAGGCCUGGAUCAGCAGGUGGAGGAGAAGAGGCUGCAGAAAGAGAGAGAUAUGAUGGAGCAAAGUGCUUUGGAUGCCGAGAUGCUCCAGGAUAGCAAGCUCUCGUCCUACCUCCAGAAGGUGCAGGCCAAAGAGCAGCGCCAGAUAGAGAGAGACAUUAUCAACUUCAGGUAUCAGUAUCAGCAGCCCUGGCUGCAGCGAGAGUGGGACCUGAACGACCCGGACAUGUGGAAGAAAACAAAACCAGCCGACGCCCAGAUGAUGAUCCCGGGUCUUCUGGGCGAAGACCACGAGCUGGAGGCCCGACAGAAGAGACAGAGUGAACAGUUGAGGGAGUGGCUGAUCCAGCAGCAACUGGAGCGAGUGGCGGAAAAACACAAGCAGGAUCUGGAGAAGAUGAUCGAUGAUGAAAACAGACUAGAGAUCGACAGCAACCUUGUGCGACUACGAAACGAAGAGGCGCAGAGGAAAAGAGAAAUAGAACUGGCAACUAAACUUUGCAAUCUGGCCAUGAGUAAACAGCAGCGGAGGCGUGAACACCGACACAGAGCGGAGAGUAGCACCACCCCCAUGAUCAAUCUUCACGAGCUGCCUCCUGCUGAUGGCUACCAGUUUCUGUCUGGGGUCCCGGGUCUGUACCCCAGCAGCGAUAAGAAGGAGCCCAUGGAGCCUCUGGAGCAUGUGAUCCAGUUCCAGAAGCAACAGAUGGAGGAGAAAAAGAUACUGAUGCAGGAGAGGAAGAACGAAGACUUGGAGCACGACCGUCGGCGCCUGGACUCGGCACGUACGGCCAUGCUGAAGGAGCGCCAGCAGGCCAGGCUCAGCAGGCAGACCAGGAAGAAGCUGGACAGGACCAACGUCCAACUGGCUGAAACUCUGAAGCAACAGAGACCGGACAUCAAAUGCGGCGCCAUCGACGAAACUUUCUUCACUCAGUUCAACACCACCAGCCGGUGAAGCAGAUGAUCUUUUAUUCACAUUUUCUUUCACAGACACAACAGUGGUGCCUUUCACAGUUCUCUGAGCUUCUGUGCAAAACACUCAUGUUGGUGUUGAUGAACUGCUGUGACCUCAAAUGGUCGGAUCAAACAGUAGUAAAGGUUCUUUUGGUUACUUGUG